AGUGGCCCACCCUCACGAGACAACAGAUACCGGAUGCCCUGGGACCUAAUUCCCAACCUUACCAUAAAUCCCCUUACCGUCACCUGAAACGAAAACUCCAUGGCCCCAUCAGCCUCCCAAAGCUAUUCGUACACACCACAGACUCGAAUACCCAGAAGGAAAUCAUCCCUAUGGAUCAAGAUGCAGAG